AUGAGUUUGUUCGUGAUGCGAAAUUUCUAUGGAUUAACUCUGUUUAUAUGGCUCGUAUCUAUUCUAACCUUAUCUAACAGUAAUGAAAUUAAAACAGAUCGUGAUACGUUUUUUACACCUGUGUUAAAUGCAAGCUUUAUCGAUGGAGCCUCCAAAAUUGAGUCUCAAACUUUAUCUUCACUAAUUGAAUCUGUAUCUGAAUUUGUUAAUUCUUCAAAAUCAUUGAACAAAAAUGUUGCUACUCCUUCAGUUGCAGGAGAAGGUGGUCCAAUUUCAAUUACUUCUACUAUUUCUUACUUAACAAAUAUUGUAGACAAUUUAGAUAUUCAAGCUACUUUAUCAAAGGAAGAAAAUAUUCCAUAUGUAAAAAGAAGAAAGAAUACUUCUAAAAUUGUAUCAAGAAAAGGGGCAAAUGAAAUGUUAGAUGUAGAAAAUGAUAAUAUUUCUUCCAUUGAAGUGACACUAUCUAAUGAUACAAAGCCAGUAAUUGAAUCUUCAACAACAGCAAGUGUUAUUCACAGUAGUGAACAUAUUGAUAUGAAUGCAAAUAGUUCAAAAUCAAAUAUUACUGAUAAAAAUGUAUAUAAUGCUUCAAAUGAUACUGUAAAUACUACCUUAAAUUCUACAAAUGUAUCACAAAAAUUACCAACAAAUGUUCCUGCAACAGCAUCAGUGAUUCAGGAACAUAAACCUAAACCAACUGCAACAGUAAUAGAUGAACCUAAUAGCGAUAAACAAGCAUUUAUACCACAUAUUAAAGGUUCACGCUUAGGAAUGCCAAAGAAAAUUGAUUAUGUUUUACCAGUUAUUGUUACUCUUAUAGCUUUGCCGGUAUUAGGUGCUAUCAUUUUCAUGGUUUAUAAACAAGGUAGAGAUUGUUGGGAUAAAAGACACUACAAACGAAUGGAUUUUCUUAUUGAUGGAAUGUACAAUGAUUAAUAUUUACAAACCUAACAUCAUUUAGAAAGUCAGAUCAUAAUGCUACUUUCAUAUAUGCAAUAUAUACA